ACUGGAUCGAGGAGUUCCGUCAGUGUUUUCAGACACCCUGGGGUCGCGGCUUGUUGCGUCCAUCUUCAUCUGGCAAAAGUACGGGCCACGCUGCCGCCAAGGAUGAACGGAGCACUAGGAAAGUAUGGCAGAAUGGGCUUCCCUGGUGGUACAGUGGUGAAGAAUCUGCUUGCCAGUGCAGGAAACACCAGAGAGGUGCUGUGUCUGAAGAAUGACACCAUUGUUAAGCAAGCCUUUUCCCUCUUGAGGUUCAGAACUUCAGGAGAGAAUCCCAUCUGUUCUGCAGGUGGCAUUCUGUUGACCACCAGUCGGCACUACAGGUCAAAGCCCACGCAUGGCAUUGGAAGAUACAAGCAUCUAGUUAAGCCAGAAGAGCCCAAAAAGAAGAAGGGAAAAGUGGAAGUGAGACCCAUUAAUCUGGGGACAGAUUAUGAAUAUGGGGCUUUAAACAUUCACCUGAUUGCAUAUGACAUGGCCCUGACAGAGAGUUAUGCCCAGUAUGUUCACAACCUCUGCAAUCAUCUCUCCAUUAAAGUCGAGGAAAGUUAUGCGAUGCCCACCAAAACCAUGGAGGUGUUGCAGCUUCAGGACCAAGGCAACAAAAUGUUACUGGACUCAGUUCUUACCACCCAUGAGCGAGUGGUUCAGAUCAGCGGUUUGAGUGCUACAUUUGCAGAGAUUUUCUUGGAAAUAAUCCAAAGCAAUCUUCCUGAAGGAGUCAAAUUGUCAGUGAGGGAGCACACUGAAGAAGAUUUCAAGGGAAGGUUCAAAGCUCGGCCAGAACUGGAAGAACUGUUAGCCAAGUUGAACUAGCUCAUUGCAGACCAUUUCAUGCCUUUCAGCACUGGUGAUAUUGAGUGGCAAGGGGUAGAGUUUCCUGGGUGGCCAGAGUUGAGCAGGAGACCCUGACCCUCAACAUCAUAAGUACUCCUCUCCUUGCUUACCAAUUGUCACCACUUUUCUUUGAGCCAACCCUGGUUAUCCUCCAUCUAAUAAAAAGCUGCUGCUGAUGGA